AUUUAAUGCACGAAUCUGACGAGAUGUUCACAAGAUUGAUUACAAGAUUUGGAGUAAAAGCAUUUGAGAAGAAGAAGGAGAAGGAUUUUAUGAAACACAUAGCCGCCAAGGCUGAGUAGAAGCCUGUAAAAAUAGCAGAGCCUCAAAAGGGGAAGGAUGUGCCAGAUUUGAGCAAAUUAAGUAAAAUAUUGAAUUGAAGGGGUUUUAGGUCCUGCGGAGAUAUUGGCCUUAAAAAGAGAUGCAUCUAAAAUGCCUGAAUCGUAUUAGCCUAGUUUUGUGGAGAGCUUCUGGUAUAAAUAUUGGGAGGACAAGAAGUAUUUCCAUGUGACUGCAGAGGAGGCAUUGAAGAACGACAAGAGAUAUGUGAUGGUGUUGCCACCUCCUAAGUAAGUGAUUUGAAUGAAGUUGUUAGUGUGACUGGGUAUUUGCAUUUGGGUCACGGAUUGACAUCAGCAAUAGAAGACUCAUUGACACGAAUUCACAGACAGAGGGGAUACGCGACAUGCUACUUACCAGGAACAGACCACGCAGGAAUAGCAACAUAGACGGUUGUGGAGAAGGCUCUGGCGAAGCAACAAUUGAAUAAGUGGGAGAUGGGAAGAGAGAAGUUCUUGGAGAAGGUUUGGGAUUGGAAGGAGAAGUAAGAUAUGGUGAUGAUAAUUAACAUAGACAUGGAGCUUAGAUCUUGGAGUAAUUGAGGAGAGUGGGUAGUUCAUUGGAUUGGGACAGGUAUCACUUUACAAUGGACGAGUAAUUGAAGAAGUAAGAAGCAUAGAAAUAUAUUAAUGUAGAGCAGUCACAGAAGCCUUUGUGUUGUUGUACGAGAAGGGGCUGAUAUAUAGGGCAACAAGAUUGGUGAAUUGGUCCUGUUAAUUGAAGACAGCUAUUUCAGACAUCGAAGUGACUUAUGAGGACAUAAAGGAGCCAACUAAGUUGAAAGUGCCAGGACAUGCUUAGCCAGUUGAAUUUGGUUGGUUGACUCAUUUUGCGUAUAAAGUCAAGGAUUCGAACGAGGAGUUGGUGGUUGCCACAACUCGUUUGGAAACAAUGUUGGGUGAUACAGCAGUGGCAGUGAAUUCAAAGGAUAAAAGAUAUGCUCAUUUGAUUGGAAAGGAGUUGAUCCAUCCAUUUUGCAAUAGAGUGAUAAAGGUUAUUGCAGAUGAUCAAUUAGUUGAUAUGUCAUUUGGUACAGGUGCAGUUAAAGUCACACCUGCUCAUGACCCUAACGAUUAUGAGUGCGGAUAAAGAUAGAAGUUGGAAUUCAUUUAGAUUUUUGAUGAAGAUGGUAAAAUCAAUUAAAAUGGUGGCAAGUAUGCUGGUAUGAUGAGAUUUGAUUGUCGUCGUCAAAUGGAGGAGGACAUGAAAUAAUUGGGUCUUUACAGAGACAAGACACCAAAUCAAAUGAGACUUGGAUUGUGUUCUAGAAGUAAGGAUGUUAUUGAACCUAUGAUCAAACCUUAAUGGUAUGUCAAUUGUCAACACAUCAAGUAAAGAAUGAUCGAUGUGGUCAAAAAUGGAGAAUUGGUUCUGAUUCCCUCUGAUUACGAGAAUGAAUGGUUUAGAUGGAUGGAUGGUUUGAGAGAUUGGUGCAUCAGCAGACAAAUAUGGUGGGGUCACAGAUGUCCAGCCUAUUUAGUUAGUAUCAAUGGUAAUUUACCUGAUACCAGCAAUCAGGACAAUUGGAUUGUUGCUAGGUCUGAAGAGGAAGCCUUAUAAAAGGCUAUUGCUAAGUAUAACUUGCCUGCAGACUAAAUUAAAUUGUCUCAGGAUGAGGAUGUAUUGGAUACUUGGUUCUCUUCUGGGUUGUUCCCAUUUUCCACUUUUGGAUGGCCUGAUGCUAAUCAUCCAGAUUUCAAGGCAUUCUUCCCUAACACUAUUCUUGAGACUGGUUGGGAUAUUCUGUUCUUCUGGGUUGCCAAGAUGGUUCAAUUCUCAUUAGAAUUCUUUGAUAAGGUUCCAUUUAAAUAUGUGUUUCUCCAUCCUUUGAUUAGAGACAAGGAUGGAAAGAAGAUGUCUAAGAGUCUUGGUAAUGUCAUAGAUCCACUUGAGAUUAUUGAUGGAACAUCAUUAGAAAACUUAAAAUCGAAGAUUUAUGAAGGAAAUCUAUCCAAAGAUGAAGUUGAAAGGGCCAUUAAAUAAAAAGAAGAAGAAUUCCCAAAUGGCAUUCCAGAAUGUGGUGGAGAUGCAUUAAGAUUUGGUCUCUUAAGUUAUUUACAAAAGACUCCAAAUAUCAAUAUGGAUGUCAAACACAUCAUCGGUUAUAGACAAUUCUGUAAUAAAAUCUGGAACAGUUGUAGAUUUGCAUUCCCCAAAUUAUCCAAAGAUGUCAACUAUGUGAAAUUAGAAUUAAAUAAUUUGCAAUUGAUCAAUCAAUGGAUUUUAGUGAAACUCAAUUAAGCCAUCACAGGAGUGAAUGCUGCAUUCGAUGAUUAUGAAUUCGGAUAAGCGACUCAAAAUUUCCAUCAAUUCUGGCUCUACGAGUUUUGUGAUAUAUAUUUGGAAGGAAUUAAAAACAUUUUGAGUGAUAAAAAUCAAGAUCAGAAGUCUAAACUCGAAACUCAAUAGACCUUAUUAACUGUUUUGGAUCAAGGAUUGAGAUUGCUUCAUCCAAUGAUGCCAUACUUAUCCGAAGAGUUAUGGUAAAAGCUACCAUUCGAAAAGGAAGAUUCCCUCAUCAUUGCUAAGUAUCCUCAACCCAAUCCUUAAUGGAUCAAUUAGGAUGUUGAAAUUUAAUUCGAUUUGGUUUUGAAUAUCUCAAAGAAAUUAAGAUCAAUUAUUAGUAAAUUUUAAUUGCCUCCAAAUGUAAGACCUGAUGCCUACACAUUGAAUUUGAUUGGAGACAAAUCCUUAGAUGAUUUAAUUAAAUAACAAGCUGAUAUCAUCUGUUUAUUGGCUAGAAUAAAAUCAGUAAUAUGUUAUUAUCUAUUUUCUAGAUUACCACAAUCGAAUAAGAAACUGAACAUCAUAAAUAAUGUGGAGUUGAUACUCUAGAUGCCAAAAUUAAGAUUUUUGUUAAUUUGAAAGAUAAUAUUGAUCUUACAAAAGAAGUAAAAUUAUAUUUAAUAACCUAUUUAGAAUGAUAGAUUAAUCAAGAAGUUGAAUGAGUUGAUCAAGUAUAUUAAUGCUCUCUAAGACAAGAUGAGCAAAUACAAUGACAAGGUGCCAGACUAAGUCAAAAAAACAGAUCUUGAGAAGAUGGAAAAAUAUCAAUAAGAGAAAUUAUUAACAGAAUAGUAAAUUGAAAGUCUUAAAAAGUAAUGAGAU